AACAAUAAAAAAGGUACGUGCGGGUCAAUUGAUGGAUAAAAAGCACCAUGAGACUGUUGCUAUUAGCUUUGACAUCCCUUGUGACAGGUGCGCUAUCUACUCAAGAGCAAGCACGACUUAGUGAAGGCGAGGUGGACGGAAGGUGUGUUGUCUAUGACCACUGUGGAAAGAGGUCUUUAUUUGGGGCAGAUUUGCCCUGUUCAGUUGAUAUCCCCCCGCAGCCGGUAACAGAUGAUGAUAUCCAAGAAUUGGUUGGUAUAUGUGGUGAUGAGUGGAAUGGCAAGUCGCUUCUGUGCUGUAACACGUAUCAGAUAGACCAAUUGAAGGAAAACCUCAAGAAAGUCGAUACCCUGAUAUCGUCAUGUCCCGCAUGUCACAAGAAUUUUAAGAACCUAUUCUGUCAGUUUACAUGUUCAAAUCAUCAAGCGGACUUUAUCACAGUGACAAAGGCAUCAACAAGUCUCGAAGGGAAACAGGUUGUCACGGAAUUGGAAUUCCGUAUAGGUGAGCAAAUGGCCAACGACUUUUACGAUUCCUGUAAGGAUAUCAAGUUCUCUGCAACCAAUGGAUAUGCUAUGGACCUCAUUGGUGGAGGAGCAAAGAACUAUACACAGUUCUUGAAGUUUUUAGGUGAUGAAAAGCCACAGCUCGGUGGCUCACCUUUCCAAAUGAAUUUCAAGUACUCAAACGGAUCCUCGAGUGGUUCUCUCAAUCAAAAGCAGUACAGCUGUGGUGACGGUAUUUACAAGUGCUCAUGCUCUGACUGUCCCAGCACUUGUCCCACACUGGACGAUGUCAAACAAAGAACAUGUAGAGUUGGUGUGCUACCGUGCUUUUCGUUCUCUGUGAUUAUAGUGUAUUCCGUGUUGUUACUGGUGACGGUGGGGUUCUUUGGCUACAAGUUUAGCACUAAAAAGAGACAACUGUUACUGGAAUCUCCAUACCUGAGACCGGCAACUUUGGAUUUACCUGAAUUGGUGAACCGGAAUGAGGUGUACUCUCUGAACAAUGCACUGGAAAUCCUUUUCGGAAGAUUGGCAUUCUACUGUUCGACAUACCCUGCCACGGUACUUGCACUCACUAUUGUUCUCACUGGUACACUAUCCUCAUGUAUCUAUUUCUUUGGUGAGCUGGAGAAAGACCCAAUCAACCUAUGGGUAAGCAAUAGUGCUGAGGCUUACAAAGAGAAGCAGUUUUUCGAUGAUACUUUUGGGCCUUUCUAUAGAGCUGAACAGAUCUUUAUUGUUGAUGAAACUGGUGUCUUGAAAGACAAAACAGUUAAAUGGUGGUCGAAAAUCGAGCAAGAGAUCACCAGUAUUAUUGUCGAUGAUAUCACGUUGAAUGAUUUGUGUUUCAAGCCAUUCGACGAAUCUCCUUGUGUGAUUGAAUCCUUUACCCAGUACUUUGGCGGAGCCGUACCAAAGGAUUGGAAAUCAAAGCUACGUGGAUGUACAGAAUCACCAGUUACCUGCUUACCUCCUUUCCAACAGCCUUUGAAUAAAGAGUUGUUGUUUGGUGGGUACAACGAAAGUGAUAUUCUAACUGCAAAGUCGAUCUCCGUAACACUGUUGUUGAAUAAUCAUGUUGGUGAUAAUGAAAAUACGACUAAAUGGGAAAAUGCACUGGAGUCAUAUUUGCUGAAGUUGGAGCCCCCUGAAGGUGUAAGAAUCAGCUUCAGUACAGAACCCUCUCUCGAAUCAGAGCUUAACAAGUCGACGAAUACGGAUGCCAAGAUCAUUAUUCUUUCUUAUCUUGUGAUGUUUAUAUACGCAUCCAUUUCCUUGGGUGGGAGCUUCAACAUUUUGAAGACAAGAUUCUCCUUGGGCUUGUCAGGUAUAAUCAUCGUAUUGUUAUCAGUUACAUCCUCUGCUGGAUUCUUUUCUUUAAUCGGGGUCAAAUCAACUCUGAUCAUUGCAGAGGUCAUCCCAUUUCUGAUACUCGCUGUUGGUGUUGAUAAUAUCUUCCUGAUAACACAUGAGCUGAAAGGAAUAAACUACUCGUAUCCAAAUGAGUCUGUGCCUUUCAGAAUCUCCAAAGCCGUUGGUAGAAUGGGUCCAUCUAUCUUGCUGUCUGCUACAUCGCAGUUCUUAACGUUUUCACUCGCUGCAUUUGUAUCAAUGCCUGCUGUGAGGAACUUUGCUAUGUACUCUGCUGGUGCAGUCCUGUUCAACAUCUUACUCCAACUUACGGCAUUUAUUUCCCUGCUUUCACUAGACCAGCAGAGAAUAGACUCUGGAAGAUUAGACUGCUUCCCAUGCCUAAAAGUUCAAAGGUCCAUCAGACUGGACGAAGUUUCCCAGCUGUUUGAAUCGGAAAAUGAAUCUCAUUUCUUUGAUAAGCUAUUGAGCAGUUUUGCUCCAUGGAUUCUGAGGAGAAAGGAGGUGAUAGUGUCAAUGUUUGUCUUAUGGACCGGUGUCUCCUUAUCAUUCUUGCCCGGUAUAAAAUUCGGACUGGACCAGAGAAUUGCUAUCCCAUCGGACUCUUAUCUCAUUGACUAUUUCAACGAUAUUUACCAGUACUUAAACGUUGGUCCACCAGUUUACUUUGUUGUUGAUGGCGUGAACGUGACGGAUCGUAAAGUCCAGCAGACACUGUGCGGGAAGUUCACUACAUGUGAUGAAUUCUCUCUGGCUAACAUAUUGCAGCAAGAGUUAAAUCGCUCAGAUAUAUCCACCAUAAACCAACCAGUGGCAUCAUGGCUCGAUGAUUACUUGACGUUUUUGAACCCUCAACUCGACGACUGCUGUCGUUUCAAGAAAGGCACGGAUGACAUUUGUCCACCAUAUGCUCCGUCUCGUCAAUGUGAGACAUGCUUCUACAACAAAACCUGGGAUUAUUCGAUGAAGGGAUUCCCUCAAGGUGAAGAAUUUAUGAAGUACUUUGAUAUUUGGAUCGACGCACCUAGUGACCCAUGUCCACUCGGUGGUAAGGCUCCGUAUUCCAGUGCAGUCUCGUAUGAUAAUGAAAGCAUAUUGGCCUCUACUUUUAGAACUGGUCACGUACCUUUGAGAUCUCAAGACGAUUUCAUUCAUGCCUAUAAGGAAUCACUCAGAAUAACGAAAGAGUUGAAACAAGCCACCGGACAUGAUGGCAUCUUUGCAUAUUCUCCGUUUUAUAUCUUCUUUGUGCAGUAUACGACGAUCGUCAGGCUGACUUUCACGUUGAUCUCUGUUGCACUAGCGAUCAUUCUCUUGAACUCAAUCAUACUUUUGGGCUCCGUCAGAUCGUCAUUGGCAUUGGUGAUUACCGUGGUGAUGAUCUUGAUCAACAUUGCUGGUGUCAUGUCAAUCUGGUCCAUCUCACUGAACGCUGUGAGCCUUGUGAAUCUGGUGAUAUGCAUUGGACUCGCAGUAGAAUUCUGUGUGCAUAUCACGAGGGCCUUCAUUGUCUCUGAUAAGGAUAACAGGCUUUCCAACGUCAAUUUCAGAGCAUUCAACGCAAUAACAGGUGUUGGGGGCGCCGUCCUCGGGGGAAUCUGCACUACAAAGCUCAUUGGUGUCAUCGUCCUGGCCUUCACAAAGUCUAAGAUCUUUGAAGUGUACUAUUUUAGAAUGUGGUUAUCCCUUGUGGUUAUCGCAUCUCUUCACGCACUGGUGUUCUUGCCGGUGCUGCUCUCACUAUUUGGAGGUAAACGCUAUAUAUUCUCCGAGAACAGCUCUGGAAUUGCUGAUGAUCUUGCUAACCGUUUAACUGAGCUGGCUCAAUGAAAUUGUUAGCUAUUAGAGGAGAAGAAGUACAUGGUUGAUUCGUAAAG